AUGACGACCCUGACGUACAAAGAUGCGCUCAACGAGCUGGACGAUCGACGGAUCAAGUCGAUCAAGCCUCUGCUUCCGCCGCAGAUUCUGGUCGAGGAGUACCCUCUCACUCUCCAAGCAGCCCAGACCGUUGCCUAUGGGCGCAAAGCCACCGAGGAGAUUGUCAAGCAGGAAGAUGACCGAUUGCUCGUCGUCGUCGGUCCCUGCUCGAUCCACGAUGUUCGCUCCGGUCUCGAGUACGCCCGCAAGCUCGCUGCCUACGCAGAUGCCGCCAAGGAGGACCUGCACAUUGUGAUGCGCGUCUACUUCGAGAAGCCCCGCACCACUGUCGGGUGGAAGGGUCUCAUCAACGAUCCUAACCUCAAUGGCAGUUUCCAGAUCAACAAAGGUCUGCGAUUGGCAAGAGGCUUCCUGUUGGAGGUCAACAACCUGGGUCUGCCAGCGGGGACAGAGUUCUUGGACACCAUCUCGCCGCAGUACACUGCCGAUUUGAUCAGCUGGGGUGCCAUCGGCGCCCGAACGACCGAGUCCCAAGUCCACCGAGAGCUGUCCUCGGGUCUUUCCAUGCCAAUCGGAUUCAAGAACGGUACCGAUGGCAGCAUCUCCAUUGCCGUAGAUGCUAUCAAAGCCGCCUCGGCAGAACACGUCUUCCUCAGUGUCACCAAACAAGGCAUCUCCGCCAUCGUCGAGACCAACGGUAACGAUGCAUGCCACGUCAUCCUUCGCGGUGCCAACACAGGUCCCAACUACAGCCCCGAGCACGUCGCUGCCGUCUCGUCCAAACUUACUGCCGCCAAGCUCCCCGCGAGGAUCAUGAUCGACUGCUCCCACGGAAACUCCGAGAAGAAGCACGAGAACCAAAUCAACGUCGUCCGCUCCAUCGCCGACCAGUUGUCCAAAGGCGACGAGAACGGGUGCAACAUCUUUGGCGUCAUGAUCGAGAGCAACUUGGUCGAAGGCAAACAGAGCAUCCCGAGUCAAGGUCCGACCGGGUUGACCUACGGACAGAGCAUCACGGAUGCUUGCGUCAACUGGGAUACCACGGUCCAGGCGCUGGAUGCGUUGCGGGAGGGCGUCAGGGCGAGGAGACAGAGCCCAGAGGCCAAGAGGUGGUUCAAGGCGAAGUUGAGCAGGAGCAGCAGUAGUGAGGGAGUCAACGAUCACUUUUUGAAGCAGGAGGGUCAGGGCGGAUUCAACGAUGACGCGCUGGCUACGCUGGGCAAGAAGUAG